AUGUCCACUUGUUGCAUUGGUGGAGUUUGUAUUCCAUACUCGGCUAUAGUGCCAUUUUUGCUUAUGUGCCUGAAAUGGGGCGUCGGUUACUUGAAGAGCAUUUUUGUUGCGCCAGUCUUGACAAAUAAAAUUGGCAACACGGGAACCAAUCGGUCUUCUCGAACAUGUUGCUCCUCCACUACUCUCUGUGAAGAUGAAUUGAAAUCGAUGGAAACAACUGCAGAGUUUGACAAUGUACUGUCUUCUAGGAAUAAAGUGAUUGUCAAGUUCACGGCUUCGUGGUGCCGACCAUGUCAGCAGAUUCAGCCUCUAUUCAAUCAAUUGUCGGCAAAGUCGCGGUCAACUGAAUUUCUUACAGCCGAUGCCGAUGAUUUAGACGAAAUUGCUGCGCGGUAUAAAAUCGCUAUUCUACCGACCUUUGCGGCAUUUCAUAGCGGCAAACUUGUAGGCAAGUACGUGGGUAGCAACGAGGAAAAGCUCAAAGCAUGGGUUUCUGAAAUGUCGACGUAGGCGAAAAGCCACUACCAUGUACGAACAAAUAGCACCUCAAAUAACAGCCUAUAAAAAGAGUCUAUUU